AUGAAUGUCCUCUCUAAUAUUCUCAAUAAUGCUGCUACCAGAGGGAUUUUUUCCUUUCAUCCUAAAUGCCACAAAAUUGGACUCACUCACUUGUCAAUUGCUGAUGAUUUAUUAAUUUUUUGCAAAGGAAAUCAUGAGUCUGUUAUGGGUGUCAUUACUGCAUUGGAUUGUUUCUAUGAGUAUUCAGGUUUGAAGCUUAAUGCAAGCAAAUGCGAGAUUUUCACUGCUGGUAUCUCUGCUCAUAACCUUGAUUCCAUCAACAAUUAUUCUGGUUUUAAACAUGGUAGACUACCUGUUCGCUACCUGGGAGUUCCUCUUGUCACAAGAAAGCUAACUGACAAAGAUUGUCGAGCACUUCUCGACAACAUCAAGAGCAGACUGCAUCAAUGGUCUCGGAAGAAGAUGAGCUAUGCAGGUAGCUUAUCUUACCUCAGACCAUUAUCAAGAAGAUUGAACAAUUAUGUUCCAGAUUUUUCUGGAAAGGCUCGGACACUCCUGCAACUGGUGCAUGGGAAGGUUCUCGCAGGGGAAGGCUCUCUAUGGGUAGAGUGGAUCCAUAAUUACAUAAUUAAGCAACAAGAUUUCUGGACGAUGGAUGAAUAUCCGAAUGCUAGCUGGUGCUUCAGGCGGAUGUAG